AAACCUUAAAGUGAUGUAUCAGUACUAGUGAUUAUUAAUAUUAUUGCUAGAACCAAUUAUAAGCACCUAAAAAUCUGGUCUCUGGGGGAAGACAGGCAGAACAUGAGAUGGAAACACCACUCUAGGUGCCAGUUUCCCCAUCUUUAAAGGAAAAGGUUGAAGUACAUGGUGUCCAAGAUUCUUUCUGACUUUUGACAUUCGAUGAUCCUAACUCUUUCCUCAUGGUCUAGAGGUAGUAGGAUUUAAAGAAAUAGGAUACAGGUCCCUGAUGUCUCCAAGGCCCUCUUUGUCACAAGGGCCAGUGGUCAAAGCCUUGCUCAUUAGGGAUCACAGAAGAGACCUCAGAGGUUGUCUAGUGCAAACCCAAACAAGAUUCCACAGGGCUAUACCCUGAAUUAGUGUUCAUCUAGCCCAUGUGGAAGACUUUUAGUGAUGAGAAACCCCAUUGCCUCCUGAAGGAGCCCAUUCCAUAUUUUGAUAGUUCUGUCAUUAAAUCGUUGCUUAUAUUAAAUCUCAGUCUAAUUCUCUGCAGCUUCUACGCAUUGUUCCAAGGUCUGCUUUCUGGGGCCAGUCCCUCCUCCGUGGUAGCCAUUCAGAUUGGUGUUGUUAGCUGUUAGCUGUUAGAUCCUCCCAGUACUUUUCUUAGCUAAACAUCUUCAAGAUCCUGCACUCUCCUGGCCUGCCUCCUCUGGACACUUGCCAGCUCAUCAAUUCUUUCCUAAAAUAGGUUGCUUCAAAACUGAACACAGUACCCAGGAAUGGUCUGACCAGGACUAGGUCUUCAGGAUGCCUGGCCUUACUGCCAGAAACCUCUCUUUAGAGGGAAGGCGACAGCUAGCUGUGGACCUGACCCGUGUUCUUCCCCUCUAUGGAUUCAUCCUGGAUGCCUAUAUCAUUGAGUUUUUUACAGACUCCUUGUGGGAGAAGCUCCCCAGCUCAUGGCAAGAAGUCCUAGAUGGGCUGACCCCACCCCAAAUUGCUACGAUGCUACUUGAGAUGCCUAGUGCCGGAGAAGAGAUCAGGUACAGAACAGUGUGGCCACUGACCCUUUUGGCCCUGAAGACUACUGCCCGUGCCUUGGCCUUUACCCGGACAACUGAGUCCCUGGGCCCAUCUGAGUUCCAGGAGAACCCCAGCCAAAGCUCCCGGCUGGCGGCCCAAUUCCGGAAACACGUCAAGCCCAAGAAACAGCAUGAGAUAAGGCGACUAGGAGAGCUGGUAAAGAAACUGAGUGAUCUUACAGGCUGCAACCAGGUGGUGGAUGUAGGCUCUGGCCAGGGUCAUCUCACCCGAUUCCUGGCCUUGGGGCUGGGGCUCUCUGUGACUGGCAUUGAAAAGGAUAGGAGACUGGUGGAGAGAGCCCGGCAUCUGGACCAGGAACUCCUUAGUAUCCUGAAGAAGGAAGAACGGAGGAAACCACAGAUCAUAUCAGCUGUCCCUCACCGCCCCCCAAAUCAUGUCGUUAGCUGGGUAGACCCAACUGCCUUGUCUCAGGAGCUCCUGUCUCCCCUGAAGUCAGAGGCAGCUCAGGCUCCUGCUCGACGCCUGCUCCUGACUGGCCUCCAUGCCUGUGGGGACCUAAGUGUGACUCUGUUGCAGCACUUUGCCUGCUGCCCCGAGGCAGUGGCCUUGGCAUCUGUGGGCUGCUGCUACAUGAAGCUGACCACCCCUGGGGGCUACCCCCUAAGCCACUGGGUUGGUGGGCUGCAGGACCACAGGCUGCCCUACAAGUUCCGAGAGGGUGCCUGCCAUGCUCUGGAAGAGUACGCAGAACGGCUUCGGGGAGCAAGCCCCAGCCUCCGCACCCACUGCUACCGAGCAGCACUAGAGACGGUGAUCCGGGCUGCCCAGCCAGGGCUCUGCAGACCUGGGGUGCAAAGCAUCCCAAGGGCCCAUGAGCUGCCCUUGGAAGAGUACAUACAGCUAGGGCUACAGCGGGUGGGAUUGGACCCUGGGCUGCCCCUGGACCUGGCCUCCCUGCAUGCCUGCAUGGCACAGGAACAUCGGGUGGUGGCAUUCUUCAGCCUGGCACUGCUCCUGGCACCACUGGUAGAGACACUAAUCCUACUGGAUCGGCUGCUUUUCCUACAGGAGCAAGGUUGCCAUGCAGAACUCCUCCCUGUCUUCAGGCCUGAACUAUCUCCUCGAAAUUUGGUCUUGGUGGCCACUAAGACCCCAUUGGGCCCAGCACUUUCUGACCUGGAAAUAGAGGAAAGCUGACAGUGUUGUAAGAAGGGAGGCCUCAAGACCCUUUAAAACUUCCAAGUUCCCAAAGACCAUACAUGAGACCACGACAGAGAUGAGGGCCCUCGAGCUAAUCAUCUCUCACUUAGGGAACCACAUCUUUUUACCUUUGGCCUAUCCCUAACCAUACUCUUCUUGGACCUCGGACUUUUUUUCUACCUGUUAUAUUAAAAAUGGCCUUCUAAAAAUCA